AAGGCCAGUAAAACAGCAAAGCGGGAGGAAAAUUGCUGUCUCUCUCUUCUCUCCCUCUUUUCUCUCUGUGGGAGUCACCUCCUAUUCUCUCAACUCUUUUGGCAUAACCUUCAAAGGAGAACGGUCCCUUCAGACUUUGUUAACGUCUUUUCCCCACUGAGAGAAAAACCUCUUAGCUCCAAGACAUUUUUUAAGUCUAUGCAGGACUUCGGGGAUUCGGUUAUCUUGCCAGGGAAAUUGAUGAUUGCUAAUGUCUGGGACUCACAGCGUGCUAGAUUAGCUAGCAGAGUAUGCCUGACGGAGGAAGGCUUUUACCACAUACUCUUCUCUCCAGUUUGAACACAUUUGCUUGAAUUUUGCCGCAUGAUGCUGUCCAGGGAAGCAGCUUUUUUUCUUGGGAUGCAGCAACUCGCUGGUUUCUAAGCUUAUUGCAGAAGAAGAAAUAAUCUGAAAUAGUGGAAUUUUUUUUUUAAACCUCCUCUGCCUGAUUCGACUGAGCCGUGUUGGACCGCGGUAAAUAUCACCUGUCCCUAAAUCUUUGAAGAAGUAAAAACAAAGUGAAUUACCAUUAGUAUUUAUUUAUUUAUAUUAUUUUUUAACCGGCGGAGGCGGCGAGACCACGGAGAAUGAGACUGAGAGAAGCUGCCAGGGCUUGGAGGAGGAUAAAGCUGAGUUUCAGCUGGAAACUAAAAGACUAGAUCGGUUCGGGGAGCAACUUGGCCGGUUCCUCUCCACUUCCUUUAGUUUCGCUCCAUGGAUAGAUCCACGGACCUAGACAUCCAGGAGCUCAAGAUGACACGAGAACAAUAUAUCCUAGCGACACAGCAGAACAACCUGCAGAGGACUGAGAAUGCACAACUUUACCCUGUGGGGAUUUAUGGAUGGCGAAAGAGGUGCUUAUACUUCUUUGUCCUUCUGCUGUUGGUUACCAUGAUAGUUAACUUAGCCAUGACAAUAUGGAUAUUGAAGGUUAUGAAUUUCACUGUGGAUGGUAUGGGGAAUCUGAGAGUCACCAAGAAGGGAAUCCGACUUGAAGGUAUAUCUGAGUUUCUCCUUCCAUUGUAUGUGAAAGAAAUCCAUUCCCGAAAGGACAGUCCACUGGUCUUACAGUCUGACAGGAAUGUAACAGUGAACGCAAGAAACCACUUGGGGCAGCUCACUGGACAGCUGGCAGUCGGAGCGGAGGCUGUGGAGGCACAGUGUAAAAGAUUUGAAGUAAGAGCAAGUGAAGAUGGCAGGGUGCUGUUUUCUGCAGAUGAAGACGAGAUAACCAUCGGGGCUGAGAAACUAAAGGUCACAGGAACUGAAGGAGCAGUAUUUGGGCAUUCUGUGGAAACACCUCACAUCAGAGCAGAGCCAUCCCAAGACCUCAGGCUUGAAUCACCAACCAGGUCGUUGAUAAUGGAAGCUCCCCGUGGGGUCCAGGUGAGCGCAGCUGCAGGUGACUUCAAGGCUGCCUGCAGGAAGGAACUGCACUUGCAGUCCACAGAAGGGGAGAUUUUUCUAAAUGCAGAUACAAUCCGGCUGGGAAAUCUACCUACCGGUUCCUUCUCCUCUUCACCCACCUCCCCAAAUUCUCGACAGACAGUGUAUGAACUGUGCGUCUGCCCCAAUGGCAAACUCUACCUUUCUCCCGCUGGGGUAGGCUCCACCUGUCAGUCCAGCAGCAGCAUUUGCUUGUGGAGCUGAAGCAACUGAUUUCUCCUCCUCACACCAGAAUAGCCUUUUGUUCCCGUCCGUCUGCUUCACGGUUUUGCUCGGUUUCCCCUGUGAUCAGUGCGGAGCUUCUUCCGAUGGACCACAGAGCAAACUGGUCCUGAAUCAGCAGGGAUUGGCGCCCACCUUCUCCUGACUCAACCGACUCAACACUGGGCAGUGGGAAAAACAUCGUCAGCGGGAAACCUGGAUCAUGACAUUUGCUCGAAAAGGAGAAUAACUUAGGUGCCUUUGCUACGGGGAGUGAAGCACACAGUUUUAAGAUUUUUGCAGAACCUGGCUACGAACUGUGCACGAACACAUAACCCAGAUGAAAUUCCCUAAUCCAACGGUGACGUGAAACGCUUACCCCACCCCCACCCGGGUCAGAAAACUAAUUCUGCAGUCCAGAAGCACAAUUUUCCAUGCAUCUUUUUUGGACGUAAACUUUUAUCCCCGAAUUUUAAAAUUCUGAAGCAUUAUGUAAUGCUUGCUUUACUAAAAAAAAAAAAAAAUUAAAUUCAAUAUAUGGUUUUUAACUAAAUGAAACAAGACAAGAAUUCCCUGAGUUGUUUUUGUUUCUUUAAACUCAAUGUGUUGGUACUCUUUGUCUACUAAGUCUGGAAUUUUGUACAUUAGAUAAUUUUGAAAGCUCUCAGCAAUAUAAUCUUUACAAAAUUAACAAAACGCCAUUAUACUGUCAUUUGUCAAAUCUGGAUGGCCUUAUAUUUAUGUGGCUAUUGCAUGUGACACACUUGCUUUUAACAAAACAUCUGGACAAUUGCAAUAUAAGAUAGGAGGGAUAAACUCACAGUGUGGGACCCAUCAGAAAUCUCUAAAAAUUUACACGGUGUCUUUGACCCUUAGGUUUUAAUGAUACUCUUUUGUUUUCUCCAGUUACAUUAAACUUGAGUUUUAACUACUAAAGUUAAAUCAGCCUCUAAUUAAAUACUGAUGUUACACAUAAUGCUGAGAACAGGUUCACUUUCCACCGAGGCACCAUCUUCACAUUAAGCGUCCUUCUUUUAAUUUCAGGUUCAUAAAUAAGGAAGUUAGUGAUUAAGUUAUAAAUUCCAGAAAAGAAAAUGGUAGAAAGUCAAACCUUCAGAAGAGUGUUGGAUAAGUGCUUUCUCUGUUGAGGAAACUAGUCAUGCUUCUUUUUGGUUGUUUGCAUUUGGUCCCUCUUCUUAGACUGUUAGUUACUGUGCCAUCAUGAACCCUAGCGCUUUCCAUUCCCCACUGUGCGUUUUUGUUAAUGAGUUCCUAAUAAACAACCACAGAAGAUUAUAGACUCGUUCAUCACAGUACUCUUAAACUCAAAUCCUUGAAACCAACAGAAUACAAAGGUAUAAAGGGGCAUUUUAGAGUUCCUAGUUUGCAAUGGUGACUUGAUGACGAAAAGGUAAGUCCUUAAUUUUCCCGUCAUUCCCUUCUUGUAUCUGUGCACGUCCUUUGCAGGUGAGUGGAAGUUACCCUUCAGGACCAUGUGACUGCAGAAUCUUUGAAAUUCUGUUCUCUAUAGCUCAGAGUGAAGCAAAUGAUUGAAAUAUGUUAAAAUAAUUUUGGUAGCAAAAAUGAGAAAAUUGGAUAAUGUAACUGGCAACGUGACCUAUUUGUCCAAAGUUAUCUCAUUCGGAUUCCCAGCAUUUCUAGUAGCAAACAAAGCUCGGUAACACUGAGCAAAUUCCACACCCUUUGUAAGGUAUUUCACUUUGAUCAUUUUUAAGGUAGUGUUGGACUUGUGCUUUGGGGUUAUUAUAAAGGUCUGUAAAUUAAUAUCAAAAUAAAAAUUGAGAUAUAUAAUUGCUUGAAAAGUCAUAGCAGAGAGCUUAAUUCAUUUUUAACAAAAUUUCAUAUAUGAAGUUUGCACACUAAUCUUUGCAAAAGAGUCACAGUCUAUAAGACAAGAAAUUUGAUAGUCAUGGGUUCUGAUCAUUGUUAUGUGAAAAAGACAGUAGGCAUUAAUUUGAGCCAUGCCAGGAAUUUAGCCAUGCUACGUUAAAACAAUUAGGGAAUUUCAUAAUCAGAGGGUGUUAAUGCUUGUAAUUCAUAUUCCUCUCUUGUUUCUAAAGUCUUUUACUAAUUCAUUUAGUAGGCUGGAAUGGGCAAUCUGAGACUAUCU